GCUCACCUCCGCCGCCAGCGAAGGCCUCGUCGGGGGGAGCGGGCCGGGCCGGGCCGGGCCGCGGCCGCGCCAUGUCCGCCUGCCACAGCUGUGCCGCGGCCGCGCGCCUGCUGGGCUCCACGCUGCCCUCUGCGCGGAGAGGUAUUACCUGUGGCCGUACACGCAUCCCUGUUCUGGGGAAACUUGGGACUUUUGAAACUUGUUCUCUCAGGCGGAUUCCUCUUAGAAACUUUUCAGAAACACCGGCGUAUUUUGCUUCAAAGGAUGGCACGGGCAAGGAUGGCUCUGGAGAAGGAAGCAAGAAGUCUGUCGGUGAGGGGGGUGGUAAGAAGUCGAGCUCUGGAAGUUCUGGAAAAGGAGGGAACCAGCUGCGCUGCCCCAAGUGUGGUGACCUGUGCACACAUGUGGAGACCUUCGUGUCUUCCACCCGUUUUGUGAAGUGUGAAAAGUGUCACCAUUUUUUUGUUGUACUGUCAGAGGCAGACACUAAAAAGAGCAUCAUUAAGGAGCCCGAGUCAGCAGCAGAAGCUGUGAAAUUGGCAUUCCAGCAGAAGCCGCCUCCUCCACCGAAAAAGAUUUAUAACUACCUCGACAAAUACGUUGUUGGUCAGUGUUUUGCCAAGAAGGUGCUUUCAGUUGCUGUGUAUAAUCAUUACAAGAGGAUCUACAAUAAUAUCCCAGCUAACCUGAGGCAGCAAGCUGAAGUUGAAAAGCAGACUUCUCUAACACCAAGAGAAUUAGAAAUCAGAAGACGGGAGGAUGAGUACAGAUUUACAAAACUGCUGCAGAUUGCUGGGAUUAGUCCACACGGCAAUGCUUUAGGAGCAUCUAUGCAGCAACAAAUGAACCAGCAGAUACCUCAGGAGAAACGGGGAGGUGAAGUACUAGAUUCGCCCAACGAUGACAUAAAACUUGAAAAAAGUAAUAUUUUGCUGCUUGGACCAACUGGAUCAGGUAAAACCUUGCUGGCUCAGACUCUAGCUAAAUGCCUGGAUGUACCAUUUGCUAUCUGUGACUGUACUACCUUGACUCAAGCUGGCUAUGUUGGUGAAGACAUUGAAUCUGUCAUUGCAAAACUGCUGCAAGAUGCCAACUACAACGUAGAAAAAGCUCAGCAAGGAAUUGUUUUUCUGGAUGAAGUGGAUAAGAUUGGCAGUGUUCCUGGCAUUCAUCAGUUACGGGAUGUUGGAGGAGAAGGUGUUCAACAAGGCCUGUUAAAAUUGCUGGAAGGCACAAUAGUAAACGUUCCAGAGAAGAAUUCUCGUAAACUACGUGGAGAAACAGUGCAGGUUGACACAACAAACAUCCUCUUUGUAGCUUCUGGUGCUUUUAAUGGCCUGGACAGAAUUAUCAGCAGGAGGAAAAAUGAAAAAUAUUUAGGAUUUGGUACACCAUCUAAUAUGGGAAAAGGCAGAAGGGCUGCAGCAGCAGCUGAUCUUGCUAAUAUAAGUGGAGAGUCCAACACCCAUGAAGAUAUUGAAGAAAAGGAUCGCUUGCUGCGUCACGUGGAGGCCAGAGAUCUCAUAGAAUUUGGAAUGAUUCCUGAGUUUGUGGGGCGUUUGCCCGUUGUGGUUCCUCUGCAUAGCCUAGAUGAGAAAACCCUUGUACGGAUUCUUACUGAGCCACGGAACGCUGUGGUUCCCCAGUACCAGGCAUUAUUCAGCAUGGAUAAGUGUGAAUUGAAUGUAACUGAAGAUGCAUUGAAGGCUAUAGCCAGGCUGGCCUUGGAGAGGAAAACUGGUGCAAGAGGUCUGCGAUCUAUAAUGGAAAAGCUGUUGCUGGAGCCCAUGUUUGAAGUACCCAAUUCUGACAUUGUAUGCGUGGAAGUUGACAAAGAUGUUGUAGAAGGCAAAAAAGAGCCAGGAUACAUUAGGGCUCCCACUAAAGAUUCAUCUGAAGAAGAAUAUGACUCUGGAGUUGAGGAAGAUGGCUGGCCUCGACAAGCAGAUGCUGCACACCAUUAAAUCCUGUCAGAAUGCUCUCCCGCAAAAAGCGCACUUGGUUAUUUCCUUAGGAUUUGCCUCUGGCUUCACAAUCUGAUACUAACAGCAUUGGAUCUAUCUCGGAUACGAUACGUGAUGAGGAACCUUAUUAGAUAAAUCAGAUCAUGUCUUUUACUGUAACAUCACAUUGAUUUAUUCGAUGGACAUUGUGUGGACUUGAAUGGCAUAAUGUUCAAAUAUAAAUUGUAUACUACAUUUGUCCAAUUAAAACAUAGCAAAUACAGCAACACCUGGAUUGCUUUUUCUAAAAAGUAAAUAGCAAUGCAGGUGCUGCUGAUAGGUAGAUUUUUACAGUAAUGCUACUCUACAAAUGGGAAAACAAGUUUAAUAAUUAGCAGAGGGUGAAUAAGCGAUCAGCUCCUCAUACAACUCACGUGGGGGUGUGCUUGGGUCAGUGUUAGCUUUCUGCUGGUGUUGGGAGCCAGCGGUGCUGGAGUGACUUGUUACAUGGGCUGGAAGGGAAGCCCUUGCACCAGGACUCUGAAAAGCUUGGGGACACUGCAGACAGUGCUGGGAGAUACUGCUAAAAAUGUACCACUGGUUUGUUAGUUAAAUUGGAUACUGAAUACAUCCUGUUGUUCACCUCUCCAUUGGGAGAAAGUUUCGGUCACCUUAAAUGCUGUGGAUGAAGGUGAAGACAAUAAUUUGCUCACUUUUCCAGAAGGGUAAAUGAAAUUGAGGGAGUGGUAAGCUGGCAGAGUUUGGAUGACAAGUUGGCAUAAAUUUUUAAAUAUUAAUGUUCUAAUAUAGUACAUUUUGUUUAACAUAUUGGAACUAUCAUGCAUCAAUUUUUUGGUGCCAGGUAUUUGCCCAACCUAUCUUAUAAUGUUAAGAGACGAAGAGUAAGUGUAUAAUAUUUUUGAUGUAAUCAGUAGUGAGUGUUCACAUGGCAGUGCUUUUUAAGUUAUAUGCUCGAAUGCUAUAGUAUUGCAUCUUGUGCUUUUGUCUUUGGUUUUUAGGCUCACAGCAAAGCAGUCCUCCUGUUCUACACCCAAAUGAAUUCAGUCCCUCAGGAAAGCAUUUGUAAAAACCCAAUUGGACCUGUAUGUUUUCAGUUUGUUUCGGGAAUUAAAAUUGUUGCUUACAACUCGGUUUUGUCCUUCAGUUGGAUGGAUUGGGGUUUUACUGAGCCCUUCUCCUAAAGCUUUCACUCGUGCUUUUUAAAGAAAACUUGUCUCAUUCUUUUCCACCCUGUAGGUGUUUUAUGUAGGGAAGGGUUCUGUGGGUGCUUGGCCCUCGUUUUUUUUGUUCAUUUUUGUCAUGUAAAUUUGAAGUGACAGUCAUGUAAUCGUUGUGUUCUUCCAUAGGAAGCAGUGUGAGCCAGAUGCACCAGGUGCUGCAUUAGGAUCCCACCGUUUUCUGUUCAGUCACCCAUCCGUGGUUCGGAAAAAGCUGCUUUUAGAAUUGGGAGUGUUUCUAGGAGAAGCUUCGUCGCCUCAGAUGGGGAUCUGUGGUGAGCUGUAACACGUCCUCAUUUUCCUUUUUGUAGAGUGAGAAAUAGAAUCGCUUUUAACUCAGCGCUCUUUAAUUCAGAUUGUUUUUUAAAUGGAUUGGAAAAAAAAAAUAACAACCAUUUUAGGCAGAACUGUUAAACAACUUAGUUUUGGAAGUUGUUUGGGAUUAUUUGCAAUUAUGUAAUCAAGAACUGUUUUUAAGGAAACAAAUGCUGUGUAACCGCAGUUUGUACCUCACUGCUGGCGUUUGAAUAAAACCGAUGAAUACUGGGA